AGCCCGGCCGUAAUAUUAUUAUUAUUAUUAUUACUAUUAUUACUAUUAUUAUUAUUAUUAUUUAAUAAAAAUCAAGCAUCUCUUGUAGCCAGCCAGUCCAUCUGUUUGACAAUGGUUGGUCCAUCACCAUCUACCCUAUUUGACGUUUCUUCUUCCUUCACUCGAUCUAUCUAUCAAACUACUGAAUUUCACUUCAUUCUAUUUCUAUCACCCCCUUUUUUCUUUUUCUUUUUCUUUUUUUUUUAUUAUUAAAUUUCUUGCUUAUUAUGAUUAAUAAUUCAAGAUCAUGAAACUUUCCAAGCUUCAAUCUUUCAUUGUUUCCAGUAAUACCCACCUCAAGUUUCUGGCUCUUGUUACUUUAUUAUUGAUUCUUGGAGCAUCAUACUUCCAGCAGCAAUAUGGGGGUUACUCAGAUGGAGGCACAAAACUAAACCCUGUUCCAAACAGAAACAGAGCAUUGAUAGUUCCAUCAAAAAGGGCAGGUGAGCCUCCAGUGUUAGCUUACUGGAUUUACGGAUCCAGUGGAGAUGGGCAGAGGAUACGGAGGGUGUUGAAGGCUGCUUAUCAUCCCAGAAAUCAGUACCUUUUGCUACUGGAUGCGUCUUCCUCAUCAGAUGAGAGGGCGGAUCUGGCUCUGUAUGUCCAAUCUGACCCCUUGUUUGCUGCUUUUGAUAAUGUCAACGUUGUUGGGCGGAGUUAUGCCGUGAACCAGAUGGGAGGAUCUGGACUGGCUGCCUUGCUCCACGCCUCUGCAUUGCUCCUCAAAUUAAGUACCACCUGGGAUUGGUUCAUCCCACUUAGUGCUACUUCUCAUUACCCACUCAUGACUCAGGAUGAUAUCCUCCACGCUUUUACACUCUUGCCCAGGGACCUCAACUUUGUACAUUUUGCAAACACCUCCCAUGAGGAUCAAAGGGUCAAGCAAGUGGUUGUGGACCCUAGCGUCUAUGACACAAAAACCACUCCAAUUUUCUAUGGUAAACAGACCAGAAAUGCGCCCAACACGUUCAAGAUCUUAGCAGGUUCCCCUUGGGUGAUCCUAAGCCGAUCUUUGAUAGAAUUCUGUGUCAAAGGAUGGGACAACUUCCCUAGGAAACUGCUUAUGUACAUGACCAACUUAGCAUCUCCUCUAGAAUUCUACUUCCAAACCGUCAUAUGUAACUCGCCCGCUUUUCAAAACACCACAAUUGACAGUGAUUUGAGGUAUGUUAUGAGCCAAAACGAUAGCCUCAGCAAUAUGGGGGACAGCCUGAUUGUUGCAAGGCCUUUAGAUGAUGAUGCACUGCUGCAGGAGAUUGACAACAACGUAUUAAACCGUUCAGUAGACGGGGUUGUGCCUGGAAAGUGGUGUUUGAAACAAAAGCAGAAUGUGACUAUAAAUGUUGAAAUAGAAGAUAAAUGGAAAUGGGGAGAUAUUAACUCCGUUGAGGCAAGUCCUCAAGGGGUGAAGCUGGGACUAGCACUGUCCCGGCUUGCGAGUCAGAGAGUUGAUGUGUGCCAAAGCAGACGGUGAAAAUUUAGUUUAAGAAAUAUUUCGUUCGGAAAUUAGGAAACAUACUAGUGCAUUGUUGAAACAUGUGUUCUUUUUCAUCUGUAUUAUUAAUAAAAGAAAAGUGUAGUUAUGUAAUUAGUAAAACAAAUAUAUUGAUUGUUUCAAGUA